UCCCCCCAGAGCUCCCAUCAAUCAAUCCAUUAAAUGACCCACCAACAGCUAAACCACCUCUAUUGACAUCUCACUCAGCAAUGGAUAGUUCUUCAUUUGAGCGAUUUCAUCCUACUGGCAUAGAUACUGGGCAGUCAUUGCUUCUGACUAAGAAAUUUGUCUACAAGCCAAAGUCUACCAACCCCUUUGAUAAUGAAUACGAUGAACCUAACGCAAAAACAACUCCUCGCAGCCCAUUUGAUGAUAAUGGUGCUCUAACCGGAAGUGCUUCCACGAGUAGUUUAUCCAGUAACGCUUCUUCUAUUACGACUAGACACCUUAAUAAUCAUCCUAAUCAGCAAAACAUUCCUCCUCCACCUGUUCCUGCACAGACAACCAAGCCUGCUUUCCCUCGGUACGCAAGGAAUUCACAACCAUCAGCUCUUAAGCGAAGCCAGAGCCACGGGGCAAAAACUGUACCUUCCCAGACUAUGUAUGAUACCAUGUCAGUUGGAACUGCUCUUUUCAACGAUACAAGGCUUUCUAGGCACAAGUCGAUGGGCUCUUAUAUUACUAACCGGUGAUCUUGAAUCACCUGAUACAUUAUACAUUCGAUUAUUUGCAUAUAUCUCUAUAACUUUUUCUUUUUUUUUAUAUCAUGUAUACUAAUAUACAUUAUUUUUUCAU